AGGCGUAUCCCCGAACCCUGACAAUUCGAUCUCCAUGCUCCGCGGAAAUUCGCUCCCAUUGCCGCUCCUCGCCAUGGUGGCGUCUGCCGCCUUGCGACUCGCGGCCGGUCAGCCUACAACAAGCAGUUGGCCCCAAGAAUAUCCAGGGAUGCCAGAGGGUGAAUACAACGCGUCCUGGCAGAGUUACUUCGAGGUGACAGAGCCUCUGCCGAAUGUGACCUGGAACCUUGGCCGCAGUUUCGCGGGCAACAUUGGCGUACAACGAGAGGGCCAUCCCAACAACACGCUCUUUUUCUGGGGUUUCGAGAAGACGAAUGGCUCUCUGACUGCAAGCGCAGGAGAGAGCACCGAGCCUUGGGGCAUCUGGCUGAACGGCGGGCCAGGAGCAGCAAGUACUCUAGGGCUCCUGUUCGAGAACGGACCAAUACACAUAGCUCCCGACUAUUCAGCGUAUCAGAACGAAUAUGGGUGGAAUACUCUAGCAGAUUAUAUUUGGAUAGAUCAGCCGGUAGGCGUGGGCUGGGCUACCACAGAUGCAGAUGCAUGGGUCUACGACGAAGAUCAAAUGGCCUCGGACUUCAUGGGGUUCCUCGACAACCUUGUGAAGGUGUUUCCAAGCUUGAAGACACGUCCUCUAUACCUCGCCGGAGAGAGCUAUGCGGGAGUGUACAUACCCUACAUUACCAAGGCAUACUUUGGCAUGGCGGAUCCCCCAGUGAGCCUUGCUAAGAUCGCAAUCGGAGACGGUUCGAUUGGCUCUGAAGUAGUGUUUGAGCAUUUGCCAGUCACAACUGUGCUUCAGACGUAUCCUCAGCUCAUUGAUUAUGAUCCUGAGGUGUUUGAAUGGUUCAGACAACAGGAGCACCUCUGCGGCUAUGACCUCAACCUCUCGUACCCGCAAAACGGCAACUUUCCCGACCUUCAGCUCAUCUGGCCAAACGAUGCUAAUCGCAGCGAAUUCGUCUACGCCAAGAAGAGCGCAUCCAUGUACUCGAAGAGGGGCCUUCUUAGUGAAGGCAUGCGUCGCUACGGGGAGGCAAGUCUGCAAGCACGGGACCGCUCGAACCGCAUUCGCAGAGAGCUCGCGAAACGCGACUUGGUCGACAGAGCAAACGGCACCAUCGACCCGUGGUAUGGUUGUUUCUUGUACGACGAGAUGCUCGACUACGCUUUGAACUAUACCUAUCCCUGGAGUCAAUACGGGUACCUCGACCCUGCAACCGAAAGCUUAGAGGGUUUUGACUACUACAGCAUUCCCGACGCAUUGAACCCAGAAAUACCACUUGACGGGAGCGUCUUCUUCAAUGAUCCUCAGGCUGUCUCUGCCCUUCAUGCACCUACUAGCAAGUUGUGGGUAGGCGAACAGGAGUACUACUUCCUUGGCGGCACCGAAGCCGAUUACUGGGGGGACCCUAGUGUCGAACCCAUGGCCUUCCUGACCGAGUUGGCGACGAACGCAUCAGAACGAGGUGUCCAGGUUGUGUUGUACUCCGGGAAUGAUGAUUCCCUCAUCUCACAUCGUAGCACUGAAGGUAAGACGCCAACUCCAAACACAACAUUUGGUGGCAUUCAAGGAUUCACUCAGCCACCGGCGACGCCCUGGUACGCCGACGACGGAAGCUUCGCAGGCAUCGUGCACCAAGAACGGAACUGGACAUACCUCCUCUUUAACGCCGCCGGCCACCUCGUCGCAGAAGACCAGCCCGCCAACGCGCUCACGUUCCUGCGCGAGUUCAUCCUAGGCAACAACGACACCGGCCUCGUCAUCACGGACGACGGAAAGAUGGAGGUGUCGACGUACACGUUCCCAUCGGCCACAAUCGCUGCUUGGGAGAGCUACAUCGUGACGGCAACGGCGACACAGGGCACAUCGUCUGUUGCUGCCGCGUGGGCGCGCCCUACGGAUGUCUUGCAGUUUCGUCCUUUCGGUGGGCUUUGAGUGUUUUACUCCCUUCGGUGUUUCAGUAUAUCUAUUGUGACCCUGUGUUGGUGAGAGCCGCUGGUCGGCUCUUUCGUUGAGUACCCUGUAAUGAUGCGACGUGACGAUACGACAUUCGAUACCACAGUCGAGAG